UCAAAACACGUGCAAAAUUAUCAUUAAACAACUGCCAUUUUUUUAAACCCAAAAAAAAAAAAAAACAAAUUUAAACAAAAAAUCUUAAAAAAAAGCUUUAAAGCUUCAUUAAGUGUUUGAUUUUUCUGUGUGUUGUGUGCUUAAUAAAAAGCCUUCAAAAUUCUAGAUAAAGUGGCCUCAAUAGGCGCCAACACGCUUAAUUUCACUGAUUUAGGGAGCCCCUACGAGGGGCCUCCCAGUACACCACAAUCCGGCAUGGAUGCACCGGAUGCUCCGCAUACCCCCAAAUAUAUGGAUGGUGGUUCGACUACGAGUAUAACACCCGGCGCUGGUUCUGGCGGUGGUGGUGCCAGUGGGCCCACCGGUGGUAAUAUACCGGGUAAAUCGGCUUUCGUCGAACUGCAACAGCAUGCUGCCGCGGGUUACGGCGGCAUACGCAGUAGUUAUCAACAUUUUGCUCCACAAGGUGGUCAAGAUUCUGGUUUUCCCAGUCCACGCAGUGCUUUAGGUUAUCCAUUCCCGCCCAUGCAUCAAAAUACCUAUUCAGGUUAUCAUUUAGGCAGUUAUGCGCCGCCCUGUGCAAGUCCACCAAAGGAUGGUAAGUGUUUUAAAGUUGUUAUUAGGUUAAGGGUCUGAAGACUUUUUUAAAUAGAAAUCAAAAGCUUUAGAAAAGAGCUUAGCCACAAAGUGCUUCCAAGUAAGCGUUGAAUUAAGUACUUCUAAUAAGUAA